GCGAGGGCGCAUGCGUACUGCUCCGUUUGACAGGCGGAGCGCAUGCGCGGUGCGACCAGGCGUGCGGCCUAGUUCGUGAGGGGAAGCCGCCUCGCUCCGAAGGAAGGCCCCGGGGAUGCCGGCCAGGAUCGAGCUGCCCGAGCUGGAGGAGCUCCAAGUGCAGGAGGUGAAGGUGAGCUCAGCAGUCCUGAAAGCGGCUGCCCACCAUUAUGGCUCCCAGUGCGACAAGCCCAACAAGGAGUUCAUGCUCUGCCGCUGGGAGGAGAAGGACCCCCGGAAAUGCCUGAAGGAAGGCAAGGAGGUGAACAAGUGCGCCCUGGAUUUCUUCAGGCAGGUCAAGCUGCACUGUGCCGACCCGUUCACCCAGUACUGGACCUGCGUCGACUACUCCGGCCUGCUGGAGCUGCGCCACUGCCGGAAACAGCAGCAGGCCUUCGACGAGUGUGUGCUGGACAAGCUGGGCUGGGUCCGGCCGGAACUGGGCCAGCUCUCAAAGGUCACCAAAGUCAAGACUGACCGGCCCAUCCCUGAGAACCCCUACCAUUCUCGGGAAAGACCCCCGCCAAACCCGCCCAUUGAAAGCGAAUUGAAGCCCGCCAAGUACGGGAGCCGGAUGUUUUUCUGGAGCUGGUGAAGUGGUACGUGUACGCAGGAGGCACGGGCACCUUGGCUGUCUCCAAACAAGGAAUUAUGGGAUGUUAAUUGCUCCACAUGGAAAUACGUCGUUUGUGGGGUGUUAAUUGCCCUUUGAAAGUAUGUAUCGGGCACCUGUAGUCGGUGGCGAUUAAAUAUAUAUUCUUCAAACUGUA